AUGGACGAAGUCCGCGAGAAAAUGUCCCGGGGCGUCGCGCCAGAGUCCUUCGCAAAACACCUGCUUCAAGAACAAGUCAGCCUCGGCAUGUCAGACCUCGAAAUAGCGUACACAGCAGGUUCACCGUUCGGAGCCGGCGUCGAGACAUCGGCCGGGUCUCUAGCCAGCUGUUUCCUGGCUUGUGCCAAGUUUGGCCCGCAGUUCAUACCAAGAGCGCAAGAGGAACUCGACAGAGUCGUCGGAAGCAACCGGCUGCCCACGUUUGAUGAUCUGAAUAGGCUUGAGUAUGUUCGUGCCAUAGCUGCGGAGACGUUACGCUGGCGACCUGUCGCCGUGCUCGGUGGCACUCCUCAUGCGAGCACCGCGGAUCAUGUCUACAAGGGCAUGUUCAUCCCAAAGGGCAGCACCGUUAUCGCACCUUUGUGGAGCAUUCAUCUCAACGAAGCGGACUUCCCAGAACCCCAUGAGUUCAGGCCUGAGCGUUUCUUGACUCAACGCGAAUAUCCUGGCACAUUCGGCCACAGUGCCUUUGGUUGGGGUCGCCGAAUCUGCCCGGGCAUGCACCUUGGAUCUGCUUCCGUAGCCCUGAAUAUCGCGAGGAUACUUUGGGGGUUUGAGGUCAACCCCAAAAUGGAUGAGAAAGGCAGGGAUGUUGAGGUGGACAUGUAA